AUGGCCAGCCCUGUAGAUGCAUCUCCAACAGGCCAUGCCAGUGGGCUGGGUCCCCAUCGGAGAAAGCGGACCACCUUCAGCAGAGGGCAGCUGCUGGAGUUGGAGCGGGUGUUUGCAGCACGGCCCUACCCUGACAUUGGCACCCGUGAGCACCUGGCCCGGGUCACCUGCCUUCCUGAGGCCAAGAUACAGGUGUGGUUCCAGAACCGCCGGGCCAAGAGAAUCAAGAAUAGGAAGCCAGGAGGUCUGAGCCCCAGGCCUGAGCCACCCCAGAGGUCUCAUUCUCUUCCAGACACCAUCCAGCAGUCCUGGGAGCCCCGAACACCGGGCCAGCCUCCACCCUCCAGCAACACACCUCAGUGCACCUCAGUGUGUCGACACACCUCCUGUCCAGCUCCUGGCUUGGGUCCAGGGCAAGGCUGGGCCGGGGCUAAAGCUGCAGCCCCAUGGGGACCAGCUGGGGCUUCAGGGGUCCACUCUUCUUCAGAGCGAGCUACUCCCCAGACCUCACUGGGCAGUCUGUCUGACCUCAUCUAUGCCUCGGCCAUUGUCACCAAUCUAGACCACUAA